AUGAAACUAUUAUUUUUACUACUUUUAUCAGUAGUACCUUGUUUAAAUUUACCUAUUAAAAACAAUUUAAUAACUCCACGAACACCGAAUGCAAAUUCUCAAGCAUAUAUUGAAACUUCAAAUGUGACUAGUCAAUUUACAAUUCAUGCCGCAAAUAUUUCAAGUUGCCGAUUUCGCACUGCAGUUAUUCCUUGUGAAUGUUUUCUGUUUGUUGGAACAGGAUAUCGAUUAGAAGAAAAUGACAAAAUUGUGAGUUUUGAAUUGGUAAAAUGACAAUGAAACUUGAUUUCAAAUGAUCAGACCUGAUUAUUUGAUUGAAAUGUCAUUCCACAAAAUUUUAUAUUUCAUUCUGCGUUCUGAACUUCUAUGUAUUUGCUUUAAACUUUUUAUAAUUUUUGUUUUUAGAUAUCAAAUUUUGCCGUUGGUCCUCCUGAUGUAAAAAUCUUCAUCCCAAGCACACAUGAAAUGCUCAACGAACUAUCGGUGCACAUUGAGCCUAAAUUAUGUCGACCAGACCCAUCGAAAGUGCUGCUGGAAUAUCGAUCAUUCCAGGUUGAAUAUUUUUCCUCAAAGUAUUAAUUCAUCUGAUAAUUUUUCUAGGUAUUUCCCGGUGAAGAGGAGACAAGCUGGAAAACCAUUGCAAGCAUUUCAAAAAUAUUGAAAGAUUCAAAAACGAGCCUAAUGUUUGGUUGUAAACAUUUCGCUGACCCCGGUUAUUAUCGUGUGUCAAUUCACCUUUCCUUGGUCAAUUAUACGGUUCAGGUUAGCUUGAUUUAUUGGGCGUGAAAAACAGACAAAAUAUAUGUCAUGAUAUAUCAAAACAUAUAUGUAUGUAGUUCUAGAAUAGAAUUCUCUAUGAGCAUUUUUUCUAUUGUUGAGAGGAUUAAUAAUUAAUCUUUUUUUGGUGUCAGAUAGAUGAGAAAAAGCGCUAGCUUGAAAAAAUAUACACAUUUCCGGAAUGAACCUUUUCUCAUUUCCUCUGAUGUUUUUUUGUGUAUGUGUGGGAAUAAAUAAACAAACAUCUUAUCUGAUGUGAGUGCUUUUUUGUGCUGAAAUAUUCAAUAUACCACACAGCGCCAGAAACAAAAAAGAGGAUGAGCAUGAGCCAACCAAAAAUGAGGACAUUUUCAUCACCUUUAAUGGAGGGCGCCGCCCGGCGCCGCGACUCAUGAGAUAAAAAACUUAAUUUAAAAUUUUCUCUCGUUUUUCAUCAUACUGGUUGACGAGGGGUUGAAAUGUAUAUGAUCAAAUUUUUUUCAUUUUUUGAACCAAAAAAACCAAUAAAAUAAAUUCACCUAAUUUCCGUUCACUUAAAAUGAGAAGAAAAAAGAAAAAACUCGAGGUCUACCCAUAAAAAGAAUAGAAACGUGCACUAAUAAAUAUGAGCAAUUUUAUGGGAAAAAUGAGAAAAGGAACGAAAAAAAUUGGUUAUAAGUAUAAGUAUAAGUAAUUUUCAGGCUGAUCGAUGGAUUGUUGUAAAUCGUACAAAUCAAAACACCUUGCAAAUGCGUGAAGACAGCAUUUUUCCACAUUGCACUUCAGAUUAUAGUAUUUCUUGGAAUCUUGCACAAUGUUCAAUGGAUCAUUUACAUUAUCGUUUACGAAUUCUUUCAGUUCCAGAAGAUGCGAAAAAUCGAGAGGAGGAAGCACAAUAUAUUGGUACUUUUUUUUGAAACAAUCUAAUUAAUUUAGUCAUAUUCCCAAAAGAGUUGUAUCCUAUUGUUUUCAAUGAGGGUUCGUAAAACAUCAUUUUCUGGUGAAAUGUGCCAGAUUUAACAGAUGAGUUAGGCUAAAAUGAAUAAAAGAGGGAGAGAAUGAGGGAAAGAGUGAAUUAUGACGAUGGGAAUUGGAACAUUAACUUGUGGCAAACUCAUUAACCCGAUAUGGGAUUAAUUGUUUCAACAUUGAAAUGUAUAUAGUUGUAGGGGUAGAAUAGAGACUAGAACUAGAAAAAAUUUUUGAUAUUCUAGUUUUGUCAAGAAAAACUUUGAAUCGUGUGAAAUUCAAAGUAUAUUUAUAUUGUGAAUGUUCAUUUUCAUUUGGAGUUUUCUGAAAAUUAACAGUUCCUUUUUGAAAAAAAAAUCUGAAAAUAAAAUUCAAAUAAUAAUUGUGAUCCUUUUCUUUUUUGAUUUUUGAAAUGAUAAUAUAUUUGAAUUCGUUUUGCCCCGAUGUUCAUUUUCAAAAAUCCCACAAAAUCUUUCAAUUUUUCCAGAAGAAAUCGGAAUCACCCGAUCGCAAAACUCAAUAAAACUGAGCUGUUCCCAAUUCGACAUCAUCAACGAAAAAUAUUGUUUCGAGCUCGUAUCUGUCAACAAGAAUUCAUCAAUUUCACAUACAUGGCAGAGUAUUUGUGUCAGUACAGAACCAGGUGCGUUUAUCCUCCUUCAUUUUGCGCCAAAUAUCAGAAUAAACAAACAAAUGUCUCAUUUUCGACUAAUUUGCAUACAUAUUUUUAGUUAUGACAUAUGGCAAGGUAGAAAAUUCUGGGGGAAGAGGCAGGUGACAUUGAGACCUCUUACAAACUUCCGGUGGUAAAAGAAAAUUAUUUUCAUUUUUCCUGCUCAUUCUUAUUAGCUCAAAGAGAAAUAAUUUUGAGUUGGGGGUAAAUUGAAUCGAGUCGGAAGACCCUUCAGAUCGUUUGUAAUUGUAUUAGUUGCGUUGAGCGUGAAAAUUUCUUAUUAUUAUUUUUAUUAUUUGUGACUUUUUUCAAUUGAGAUUUCUGGGGACCAAAAAAAUACAACCAUAUGUUUAUGUACAGUAUGAGUGUGAAUAUUCAAGUGCUUGUCAUUCUUUUUUGUGCUCAUGCUCAUCUGCCUAAUUAUCGACAGCCGUUCAUUUUACCUGUGCUAUUUUUCUAUUCAUGGUUGUUGUGAAGCAGAUGGGAUCCCUCCCGCUGAGGGUCAAGCAUCAUAACAAAAUUAUAUAUACUUUGAGAUCAUCAUUUUUUCUUUCAUUUUCAGAACAUUUUUCAGAAAUAAUAGUUUUUCAAAGAAAACACUUAUAGGUUUUAGAGCGAUUAAUUGAUGAAAAACAACAAUUAUUUUUGUGCCAGUGCCAUCCUUUUAGAACCAUAGAUAAUUACCGCUUUUUAGCAGCACACAAUAUGGUUCGACAAUUAGAAAAUCGUUUCUGCUUUAUAAAAUGAGUGAAUAAAAGAAAUCAGAACAAUAACAAGAAAACAACAUAUGAGGAGGCUUUUAACUCAACUCGAAUGAAUUAAUUAUACAUAUGUAAACAUUUUGCAACAAAAGUGCUAUUAAUCAUUCAUAUUGUUAUUAUGUACAUCCUGAAUUUUCUAAAACUAUGGCAAUUUUUGAGGGACAAAAUGUAUAAUUAUUACGUUUUGCAAAAGUGCGCUAAUUUUUUUCAAGUGCUGCUGUAUAGUAGAGUCAUUAAAGUUAGGUACAAGCUUGGAAGGAGCAGGGGAACAAAAACACAGACAUCCAAAAAACUUGUAAGGAAAAUAUAUAUUUUUUCAGUUGAUCGAAAAAUUGGUGGAUGGUCAAGUUGGUCGGAAUGGAGUGCUUGUUCGGAAACUUGUGGAUCUGGAAGACAACGCAGAGUACGGUAUUGUAAUGAGCCUGUUCCAAAACGAUCGAAAUAUUGUGAUGGUCCGUUGAUUGAAACACAAGAAUGUGCGCUUUCAAAAUGCCCGGAAGCCAUGAUGACUCAAAGUUUGGCGACGAAUUGCACUUGUGGUUGUCAUCUUGAUCCAGAACCACGAUCAUUUUUUGCUUCUUCAAGGCAUAGUCGAGUUUGUGAAGGAAAUCAAACUUGGACUCUUCCCAAACUAUAUGGAACCAAGAUUGCUGAUUUUACUGUGAAGAAACAAGGAGAUGCAAAAGGGAAAUUGUUUUUCUUUUUGAGAGCGCCAUAUCAGGUUGGUUUUUUUGUAUGUAGGAAAGGUGUUUCAAGUUUUCUAAAUAGUGUUGUGAAAAAUAUGAGAUUAAUUUUCGAAGUCUUAGAAAAUUUGUGCUCAGUUUUUUUUCAUCAAAUCUCGACAACCUAUUUUUAAGCGAUUUUUUGUUCAAAAACGUGUCAUUUUCUCAGUUUGAAUUCAUCAACUCAUCAUUCCAGGAACUCGUCUGGUCCUCUGAUUCCCAUCAAGAUUAUCAAUUCUCCCUUCCGAUGUCUGCUUCAAUUCAUAUCGUAUUAUGGAACAAAGAAAACGAAACCUAUCGUUUUUCUCAAAUCGAAGACGGCUUCACUGUCUCAUAUUCAAUUCGAGGUCAGUAUUUUUGCUAAUCAAAAAUUCUCACUAAAAAACUAACAUGCCAAAAAAAUAAUUAUUUUUUUAUAAACCAAAUUCAAACCAAUCCAUCAAAACAUCUGACAUUUUUAGUUAUGAAUAUAGUCAUGUCAGAUAUAGACAUGCUCAAAAAUGUGCAGGCAAGAGCAAUUGACAUGUAUGAAAUUGGAAGACGAGUAAAAAGCAGAAGAAACACAAGUGUAUGCGUGUGGAUGUGUGGUAGUAGUAGGGGUUUUCUAAUUAAAAUGCAACAACAAAAAUUCAUCCUUUUUCCCUUUUUUGAGCAGAACUUUGUUCCGGAUGAAAUUGAAAAUAGGGACGCUUUUUUUGCAGAUUCUGAUGGUUCUCCAACUGUUGCAAAGAUUGAUUCUUGCCAACCAUUUUGCCCAGAAACAAUGGCGAUCGCGUUUAUGGCAAUUAUUUUUAUCUGUAUAAUUUUUGUUCCUCCUAUUGUUUGUGCAGCAAUCACGGCAUCAAUGCGACGGAAUUCAACACCGGAAGUUCCAUUAAUGGAUAAUAAAUAUGAUUCAGAAAUGAUUAGAAGUGGAAAUACAGAAACAACACAUGUUAGUUCACGGAAUUAUGUGGCGAAACGAAGUAUUGGUAUACAACUCAGUGUUCAAAGUACGCCAAGGUAAGUAAUGACAAAAAAAAACAAACAGGAAGAAUGGAAUAACGGAAAUAUUUUUGAAAAAAUUGAUAUUUCAAUUUAUGCCGGUGUUAUUUUAGAAAAAACAGGAACUGAAUAUUUUCCAUUAAAAAAAACAAAACAUGGAGAAAUUCAAAAAAUUCACAAAGUUCUCCAAUGCUUUCCAAAAACAAAUUUUCUAGAACUGCUCGAGCUUGUCACUCGCAAGAAUCUCCAGUUCCACCUCGCGGUCAUUCUUCUCUCAGCGAAUGUGAAGAACUUGAAUACGACUAUUAUGAUGGUACAACAUUCCCAGGAAGUUUAUUAGCUCCAGUACAAGAUGUUAUGCACUCACAAAUUGAUAUUGAUCAGGUAUGUAUGUACACAUAAAGCUAUAAAAUGUGGUAUUUUCACACUUAAAUAUUUAUCAAAAAUAACUUUAACUUUCAAACAAAAGUACAAUUUUAUGGACAUAUUUUUAUAUUUACAGAUAAUCGGCCAGUCGGAAUUAUUUAUCAACAGUUCUGAAAAAGCAGAUGUUCACACACAAAUUUAA